AUGUCUACGCCAGACCCAAUAUCACUCUUACACGACUACUACCGAAACAAAGAAGAAGUAUUUCACUUGGACUACGAUAAAGACCACAUUUCUAGUGACUACAAAGAUCUUUCACAGGCUGUAUAUCUCCAAUUCGGAACACACGUUUUAGACAAAGAAACACCCACAACUUUUGAAAGCUCGGAUGAACCAUACUCGUUAGGUGUUCUUUACCAUGCUAUGAAAACUAAGGAUCUAAACUAUAACGAGUACCAUACAGACGCCAUUGAAAAUGCCAAGUUUCAAGUGCCGAUGAACUUUAUGGAUCGAAAGAAAUGGCUGAAAGAACUUGAGAAUCUUGCGAGCGCACCUCCAUAUUUUCCUCCGCCUGUUACUACUACAACUGCUGCUCUAAAUGAGGUUGAAUCCUCCGAUGAUGAUCCAUUAAAUGAUAAAUAUUCUUACGAUGACCAGGCUAGCCCCAUGGACGAAUCUGAAUCGUUUGAUUUAUCACGAAAUAACCAAAAUAAUGACCACAUAAUAAAAGAGAAUGAAACUCCGAUUAAUAGCAAUAGUAACAAUUUUGAUCUGACAGAUUAUAAUGACUUUUCUCAAGCUGAUGAUCCAAUUGCAAUAGAACAAAAUGAUGUGGACGCGUUAUCCUUCAAAAUUCUUAAUCCCUCCAAAUAUCCUGGGUCACCAUUAGAGUACGAAGCAGAAGAUCAUCUUCCGACUCUUUCACCCGUUGAAAUACCACAGACUGAAGAACUUAAUACAGAGACACUUCUUGACAAUUCUUCAUUAAAUCAUGUAGAUUCUACAAAAGCAAACAAUCAUAUCAACAAUACGAGUGAAUCUCCCAGAAUGGGAAAAUCAAGAACGAAUUCAAAAUUUAGUGUAAGAGGGCAUUCCUCGACGCAAGAUGACAAUAGGCGCCAAGGCAAAAAACGCGAUUCAUCAAAUGCAUUCAUGCACAGUGAAAGUGAAUUGGCGAGAGUUGCAUACCUUGCGAAGAGGCAUCGUUGCUCGGCAGAUGAAUACAUACCCGAUAAGCAAUGGCUUGAUGACAAUAUGACAAAGCAUGAACGUCCAAUAAUAGAGCAUGAUCAUAUAUCACUCACAAAGAAAAACUCAUUAUCAAAGUAUUUGGAAUUGGCUCAUGAUUUGAUAAAUAAACCAAGGCCUCUACAGCCUAAUCAAAUACGAGUUUCGCAUACGCACUAUCGAUCAUCGACAACUAAACCAUCAUCAAGCACCUCAAGGAACAAUGAAAAAGAACCUAAAAAACCGAUUAUUAUGGUAUCACCUUCUCCAAGAGCAAUGGUCGGCAUAUAUAAUGCAAAGGAUUUCUUUCAGGAUUCAUCAUUUAUUGAAAACGAGCAAAAACGUAGUUUACAUACAGCAUCAAAGCCUACACUGGUCGAAUUCACUUACAAAGAAAGAAAAUAUGAAAUCGCGGAUUUGGCGGAUACUCUUAGACCUGAGGACUGGGAUCGAGUGGUAGGUGUCGUUGUCGAUGGUAACGAUUGGCAAUUCAAACACUGGAAAUGGCAAAGCACCGAGGAGAUAUUCAAAAAAGUGAGAGCCUUCCACUUCAAGUAUUCUCAUCAACCGACCAUCGAUAACGUAUUGAGAUGGGGGAAAUCAGUGCAAGUAAUAAAUAUUUCGCGAGAUUUUCGACAUAAAGAUGCUGAAGCACAUCAAGCUUUUUGGGACGCUUUGGAAACUCACAUUUACUUGAAUCUCACAUAA